AUGAAGCAGCAAGUCCUCUGGGAGGAACAAUUGACAUCAUGAAGUGGGAAACUUCUAUUCUCUUGCUGAUUCUAUUCGGUUUUGCUGAACCAAAAAUACUACACUCAAGUUCCUCAGAUACAGUUUCAAGAACAAAUCCUCCCCAAUGCUCAACAGAAGGAAAUUUGGUUGACAUUGCUACCAUAUUUUUUGCCCAGUUUAUUCCAGAAGCCACUUAUCAGGAAGUAAGCAAAUUGGUUAAAGAUUUCCUAGCUGAUUUUGAGAAACCUGUGGCUAAUGAAGACCCCAAAGACUGUUUACAAAGACAGCUAUCUGCCCUGUUGGAAGAAAUUUGUCAUGAAAAAGAUAUCUCUGAAAAAUAUGGACUUGCUGACUGCUGCAGCAAAGCUGGAGGCAACAGAUUAGAGUGUUUGCUGGCUCACAAACGGAGGAGCAGUGCAGCAUCCAUCCCAGAAUUCCAAAUUCCAGACCCUACCCAGAGCUGCAAAGCCCAUCAGGAGAAUCGAGUGGCUUUCAUGAAUAGAUGUAUUUAUGAAGUAUCCAGAAGGCACCCAUUCCUCUAUGCACCCGCAAUCCUUUCUUUGGCAGCCCGAUAUGACCAGAUAAUCUUCAAUUGUUGCCAAGCUGAAAAUGCAAUGGAAUGCUUCAAUACCAAGGCAGCACCGGUCUUAAAAGAUUUAAGAGAAAGCAGUUCAAUCAGCCAACACAUCUGUGGGAUCCUGAGGAAGUUUGGAGAUCGGACUUUUAAAGCCAUAAUGCUUACCAAGCUGAGUCAAAAGUUCCCCAAAGCUAACUUUACUGUAAUUCAGAAUCUGGUGCUGGAUGGUGCCCAUGUCCACAUGGAAUGUUGUAAUGGCAAUGUACCAGAGUGUCUGCAGGAUAAGAAUGAAAUUAUGUCCUAUGUCUGUUCUCAAAAAGAUAUCUUGUCAAAUCAAGUCCAAGAAUGCUGCACAUUGCCCUUAAGAGAUCGGGGUGAAUGCAUAGUUGGUGCAGAAAAUGAUGGUCAGCCAGAAGGAUUAUCUCCCAAUCUAAGAGGAUUUUUAGAAGAAACAAAGUUCCACCUAUAUUCUUCAGCGGAAAAAGAUCUCUUCUUGGCAAGGUUUGUGUAUGAAUACUCAAGACGACACCAGGAGCUUCCCGUCCCAGUGAUUUUGAGGAUUGCCAAAGGAUACCAGAUAGCUUUGGAAAAGUGUCCCCAAACUGAGAAUCCUUUGGAGUGUCGGGAAAAAGAGGAAGAAGAAAUAAACAAACAUAUUCAGGAAAGCCGAGCACUGGCCAAACGGAGCUGUGGGCUCUUCCAGAAAUUAGGAGAAUAUCAUUUGCAAAAUGCAUUUCUGGUGACUUAUACUAAGAAAGCUCCACAACUGACCACUGAAGAACUGAUUGGCUACACCAAGAAAAUGGCAGCCACUGCAUCUGUAUGCUGCCAGCUUAGUGAGGACAGACAACUGGCCUGUGGAGAGAGUGCGGCUGACCUUAUUAUUGGGCAGUUAUGUGCAAGGCAUGAAGCCCAGCCUAUAAAUGAUGGUGUGGCCCAUUGCUGUGAUUUUUCCUAUGCUCACAGAAGACCCUGUUUCAGCAACUUUGUGAAAGAUGAAAAAUAUGUUCCUCCCCCAUUCUCUUAUGAACAAUUUAAGUUCCAACAAGAUCUUUGCCAGGCUCAGGGGGAAGAACUGCAGAAGAAGAAGCAGGAGUUUCUGAUUAAUCUUGUCAAGCAAAAGCCAAAUAUAACAGAGGAACAACUGAAAGCGGUUAUUGCAGACUUCACAAGCCUAUUGGAGAAGUGCUGCAAAGGAAAACAGGAAGCCUGUUUUGAAGAAGAGGGUCCAAAAUUGAUCUCAAAAACCCAAGAGGCUUUUUAAGCUACUUCAGGGGGAAGAGAAGAAGAUAAAAAGAAAUCACUAUGAUAUUAUAUUUUUCCCUCUCUUUCUUUCAUGGUCAUGAUUAUUUUAGUGGUUUUUCCAUAUUGUCAGUUUUAAAAACAGCAUUUUUUUUCUCUCUGAAAUUUCUGUAUGGAAAUAAAGCAUUUCUCAAACUC